AUGGUUUUAAUCAUUAAAGAGACGGUUUUUAUUUCAAAUUGCUUACGAAGUGAUAUUUCCAAUGCCAAUGGCUGCAUUAUUUCCAUAAAUGACACACGCAUACCUGUAUCAAAUAAUCUGGACAAUGAUAAAAUUGUAAGCAGUUUUACCAACCUGACUUUCUCGGGAAACAAAGGUCCUUUGUUCUUUUUUAACAAUUCUAAAGGAAAAUUUGAAGGCUACUACUCGAAUAUUCGUGUUAUGAAAAGCGUUAAUUGGCAAAGAUCUUCGGAUGGUGCACAAAGUAGUUUACUUGCAAUAACAGCGGACAAAGUAAAUCUAUUUUUUGUAGAUGUGUUGUUCGCUUCUAACCAUGGAUAUCGUUGUUUAUCCAUUGAUGCAAAACAUAUUACGCUGACUAUACGUAACAGUUGGUUUGUAGCACAUAAGAUUAAUGGUAAUGGAGGAGUUCUUUUUCUUGGUAAAAGUCACAGGUUAUUUGUGAAUAUUACAGACACGGAGUUUUCUGACUGUCGAAGUUACAAGGGUGGUGUUACUUACAUCAGUAAUGAAAACAAAGAAAUAAAUUUCAGUGCUCGGAAUGUGUCUUUCAAUCGAUGUAAAGCAAAUGAUUCUGGCGGUGCGAUAUCAAUAAACGGAAACAAUGCGAACCUAAUGCUAGAAAACGUCACAUUUAUUGAAUGUAUGGCGGCUGACGGCAGUGGUGGAGGAAUUUCAAUAAAUGUCGAAAAUGUGUGUUUAAACUUGCUCUAUACAGUAUGGAAGGCAUGUAGUACUAGUACCAGUUUCUUUGGGAGCGCACUUUCUAUAAUGAUAACCACUGGAAAUAUGAGUAUAGGACAUUCGCAUUUUGACGAUCUCCAAUUGGAUCCCACUGCUUUUAGGCGUACGGUAUACAUAUACGCCUCGCAAAACAACGCCGGGUCACUUGAGGUUUACGAUUCGAAAUUUUUAAAUAGUUAUUUUGCAAUUUGGACCAUCGACACAAUAUCUGUUAAUCUAACUCGGGUUAAUUUUACAAGAGCAUCGAAUACUGCCUUAUCCAUCAUAUCCAAUACUAUGCGAUCAACUGCCCAAGUCCACGUCGUUCGCUGUGUUUUCAAAAAUAGCACAGGUGGAAUUAGUUUAUUUUUACAAGAAGCUGAAAUUGUCAAUGUGACGAUAAAAGACUCCAAUUUCUCGGGAUUUUCAAACAACAUCGUUGGUGGCCAAGCGAUAAAUAUAUUGGUCAAGACUCUAAUUGAAAUCAAUUCUGCUAUAUCAUCGUUCAUUCUGUUUGAAAACGUGCUUGUUGAGAAGAAUCGUUUUAUAACAGUUUUUGAUGAUGCAGCAGUAUCUGUCGAUUUGAGUAAUUUUUUUGCAAGAGAGGGAAAUACUGUUAAGGUCAUUCAAUCCAGGUUUAUUAAAAAUCAAAAUCUUGAAACCUCUUCAGUCUUUAAUAAAAAGGCAGGCGCGUUGCUUGUUGCCAUGCCUGCAGAUAAUUUGACUUUUCCCGGAUGCGUGGAAGACAAUAAACUAGACAUUCACAGAAAGUGGCACUAUAAAAACAAAGUCGUGAUUUUAAAUACCAGUUUCGAAAAUAAUAUUGGUGUUACAGGAGCCUUGUAUUCUUCCAAUGGUGACACAAAAUGCAUCAAUUGUUUAUUUAAAGAUAACAUUGCAGUGACUAGGAGUGGACAAGUUCACAUUGGUGAAAACAGUGGAAAAUUAGAGCUGAUAAACUCAACCUUUCUGGAAACACGUGCAGGAUAUGAUUUCUAUUCUCGAAAUAUUGAGGACGAAAACAACUAUCAACAAUCGACGUUCAUUUUCUCAUACAGCGCAGGCCCACUUUUUAUUACAGGAACUGAGUUUAAAUCUGAAGUUAGUAAACAGAGAAGUCUCGCAAUUAUCAUCUCAAAGGGAGGAGACUUCAACAUGGCGAAUCAAAGCUUGUUUCUCUGUCCAACUGGUAGUAAACUUGUGAGGGAAGAUUUCUCCCACUUUGUAGCCACAGAAUAUCAAAAACAGUCAUGUACGAUUAGCGUCACGGUUGUUACUCUAUCAUGUCAAGCAUGCCCAGGUGGAACAUACAGUUUACAGAAAGGUUACAGCACAAAUAUGUCAAAGACAACAGAAGGAUUUUACUGUUUUCCAUGCCCUUAUGGUGCCAACUGCAACCAUAAUGUUGUAGCCAAGACAAAUUUUUGGGGACAUGAGAUUUCUUAUAGUCCACCGCAGUUACAGUUUGUUACAUGCCCGGCUGGUUAUUGUAUAACGCCAAAUACUCUUGAUACCGCAGUCUACAAUGGUUGCUACGGAAACAGGGAAGGUAAACUAUGUGGAAAAUGCAAGCAGGGAUUUACUGAAGAAUUGAUGUCCACAUCGUGUAUUGAUCAAACAGAAUGCGACAGUGUGUUGUUUUGGAGUUUACUUCUGUUAUUCAGUUUUUUGGUAGCCUUGUAUUUCCUUCUUCAGCCAAAUAUUUCUCGCUUCAUUUACAAACAAAUUAUGUGGUUUAAAAAACGAGAUGAUCACGAGAUUUUGACUGACGCGGGAUAUACCAAAAUCAUUUUCUACUUUUAUCAAAUUGCUGGAAUUUUACUCCUAGAAACAUACAUGGAAUUAAUAGAGAAGACAAAAAUUUUAUCCAUGAUCAUCUCCGCAUUUAGUUUCCAUAUCAUUCUUGGGUCAUCAAAAACUAUAGGAUGUCCGUUCAUUGGCAUGACACCAAUAACAAAAGUUAUAUUUGCAAAUAUCGGUGUUCUAACAAUACUUCUUUGUAUAUUCAUAAUUUUUAUUGCCCACACGAUAUUUUGCAAAGUAAAGGGAACUUGCAUUGAAGAGAUACCUUUCCUUGCCGCUGUUUUGGAACUGCUGCUGCUCGGAUACGCAAAUAUUGCUAAGGCUACCUUGAAGUUGUUAACAUGUGUUACCAUUGGUAGUGAAUCGGUAUUAUUUAUUGAAGGAAACACGCCCUGUUGGCAGUGGUGGCAAGUGAUUCUUGGGAUGGCUGUUGCGUUCUUCAUGGUUCCUUUCACUGCAAUCUUAUACUUGGGAUCUAAAAAGUAUUAUGAGCAAAAAAUUUCUCCUAAGGAAAUUCUCCUAGCCCUAGUACUGCCAGUUCCUUAUAUCAUGUGCAGAACGUAUAAAUUUAUCAAACGUCAAUGUUCGAAUCAGUCAGCGAUGACAGUAAUCGAAGAAGAGGAAAGGGAAGAGUGCUCGCGGUUUACAGACGUUCUCUAUGGUCCUUUUCGAUCACCUACAGAUGAGAUUAAAGGUACCUUGUAUUGGGAAAGUGUGCUUGUUGGAAGACGUCUCAUUCUACUUUCCAUCCAUGCUCUUGUUGUCGAUCCACUGUUUCGAUUGUUUUUGUUGACUCUGACUUGUGUAGCUGUCCUUUAUCAUCAUCUUCUUGUGUUCCCAUUUAAAGACACCAAAGCCAAUCACUUAGAAGCCAUUUCACUUCUUGCAUUGGUCGUCAUUUCAAGUAUAAACCUGUGUAAAGCGGUGUUAUGGUCAGCAGGAGUGACUCCUGUUGGUCCAAACUUGAUGUACAUAAAGAUACUCGAAUGGAUUGAAGUGGUUUUGCUUGCUCUCGUUCCAUUUAUUUUUGCCAUUCUUCUUUCUUGUUUUGUUGUUUCACUUCUUCUACGUUUAGCUUUUAUUUUAGCACACGGUGCUGCAACUUUUUUUUCAUUCUUGAAGACAUUUAUUUUUGUUGACGAAGAUCGUCCUCUUAUGGAGAACUGA